GCUUCCACUACUCUCACUGUCUGACAUACACACAGAGAACGCAAUGGGAAAGCUCCUCAAAGCUUCGUACCACCUCGUUGUGAGCAACUUCCUCGCCAUCGCCACGGUGGCGUUUGCCACCGCCGUGGUCCAGAGAGGAUGGCCGUUCAGCAUCGACGGUCUCGCCGGCUGGCUACACGCCCAGCGGCCCGUCCACCUCAUCACGGCGGCGAUCCUGAUGGCUGCCGUGGCAAAGCUCCGGCGCGCCCGCCGGCAACGGGACGUGUACAUCGUGGAGUACGGCUGCUUCCGGCCGAGGCCGUGCUUCCGGGCGCCGUUCGCGACGUGCCUGGAGCACGCGCGCCUCCUGCCGUACCUUGUGGCCGACAAGGAGAGCCUGAACUUCGCGAUCCGGCUGCUCGAGCGCUCGGGGCUCGGCGAGGAGACGUGCGUGCCCUACUCGUACCACUACAUGCCCCCGGACCGCAGCCUCGACGCCGCCCGGGAGGAGACCGAGCUGGUCAUCUUCUCGGCCAUCGACGACGUGCUCGCCAAGACCGCCGUGAAGCCCGAGGAGAUCGACGUGCUCAUCGUCAACUGCAGCAUCUUCACGCCGACGCCGGUAUUCGCCGACAUGGUCGUCAACAGGUACAAGCUCCGCCCCGGCGUGCAGACCCUGAACCUGUCCGGGAUGGGCUGCGGCGCGGGGCUCAUCUCCGUCGGCCUCGCCAAGAACCUCCUGCAGGUGGCGGCGCCGGGCACGCACGUCCUGACCGUGUCCACGGAGAUCCUCUCGUCGCAGUACUACGUCGGCAGCGAACGCGCGAUGCUGCUGCCCAACUGCCUCUUCCGCAUGGGCGCCGCCGCCACGAUCCUGUCCAACUCCCCGGAGCGCGCGCGGUUCAAGCUCGGCCGCAUCGUCCGCACCAUGACCGCCGCGCGGGACGCCGACUACCGCUGCAUCUUCCAGGAGGAGGACGACAAAGGCAUGCGGGGCGUGCGCCUCUCCAAGGACCUCACCACCACCGCCGGCGGCGCGCUCAAGAGGAACAUCGUGGCGUUCGGGCCCCUCGUCCUGCCGAUCUCGGAGCAGCUCCUGGUGGCGCUGUCCCUCCUGAAGCGGAAGCUCCUGAGCCGGCUCGGCAGCAAGGUGAGGCUGUACCGCCCGGACUUCCGGACGGCGUUCGAGCACUUCUGCAUCCACGCCGGCGGUCGCGCGGUGAUCGACGAGGUGCAGCGCGGCCUCGGCCUGUCCGACGAGGACGUGGAGGCGUCGCGGAUGACGCUGCACCGGUUCGGGAACACGUCGAGCAGCCUGGUGAUGUACGAGCUGGCGUACACCGAGGCCAAGGGCCGGAUGAGGAAGGGCGACCGGGUGUGGAUGAUCUCCUUCGGCGCCGGCUUCGAGUGCAGCUGCGUGGCGUUGGAGUGCGUCAGGACGGCGGCGGCCGCCGACGGGCCGUGGGUGGACUGCAUCCACCGCUACCCGGUGCAGCUCCCCGACGUCGCCAAGGACAUCUGAUCAAACUACUGUGUGCAGCGUGCACACGCUGCGCAGAAUUAUCUUCAACGAGAGUUUUCUGCGAAGGUUUCCGUGGACUUCGUUAGUUGGUGCCUCCAAGUACGUGGCAAUAUUGUGUGCCGUGCUAGAUGUGAUGUCUGAAAUAAUUAAGUUGGCUAAAACGCAAGCACUUGUGUAUUCAUGGGCAAUGUAGGUAGCCAGUCGUGGAUUGUUACGAGUGUACUCAUUCUGUGUUUGUUAUCAUCACUGUCAAGUUGAUGUAAUGCACGCUGCGUUGCGACAGCAGUUAUGCACUUUUUAUGUGUAAACCGUGAAGUGUUGUAGCA